GGCUCUCCGCGGGCAGGCCAGCAGGCGAGGCGGGGAAACUGAGGCCUGGCCACGUGGUGCCCCGCGGGGGGCUGACCGCCCAAAGCCCCACCCCCUUCCUCGCCCCAAGGGUGCCCUGAGCUGUGGUGAAGGGGGGCGGCGCAGCCCGGGGCAGCGGGAGGCCGAGCGGGCCAUGAGCUCCGUGUGGCCGGGGCUGCCGGGGGCCAGAGGCCGCGGGAGCCACCAGAUGCUGACCGAGGAGGAGUCCGGGAGCCCCCGCCCGAGGAAGCCGCUGGCCAGCUCCCUGGACACGCUGUGUGCCCGCCUGAGCCGACGCCUGCCCCUGGCAGCCCUCGAUGCCAACUUCCAGGACGGGCCCUCCUGGGAGCCCCUGGGAAGCCCGGAGAGCGCCCGGGGGCCCCUCGGAUCGGCGGCCCAGAGAUUCCGGCGAUCCCGCCAGGCUGCCGCCGCCCCCACAGAGAGCCCCCCGCCCAGGCGGAGGAGGGGGAGGAGCGCCCAGCUGGCGGGGGCCACCCCUGCGGCCUCCCAGGGCUCCGGCCUGAGAAGACUGUCCAGGUGGCUCGCCAGGGACCCCCUGCAGCCCCUGCGGAGGCGCUCCCAGCGGGAAGCAGCCCUCCGCAGCCCCUACGCCUCCCCGGCUCCUCUCUGCUCCCCGAGAGGUGGGGGCUGCCGGGAGCAGGAGGACGAGGAGGAGGAGGAGGAGGAGGGCCCCGAGGCGGCCUCUGUGGCCUCCGGGAUCCGGCAGCUGGAGCAUCUCUCGCAGGCCUUCGAUGAGGCCAUCUCCAUGGAGGAGAGGAAGCACGCCAGGACCCAGUACCGCGGCCUCAUGAUCCGGAACCUGAGGGCCGCGCGCCAGGCCGAGAGGCUCCCCUGGGCUUCUGGAUGGAGGCGUGCCAGGCGCCUGGGCGGGCCCUGACCGCGCCAUGCUGUGCCCCCCCACUCUGCCUCCCCCCAGCCCCAGCCCCAGCCCCAGCCCCAGCCCCGGUGGCCUGACCCCGCCGACCUCCCUAAAGAAGGGGCUUCCGCAGAGCCGGCCCUGCCCAGACUUUGUCUAU